AUGACGCUGUCCACGGUGCUGAAAUGCGGGGAAGCAGAUCCGCUGUGUACCUACACAAUGAUCUGCAACUUCCGGUCAUCAAUAUGUCAGGCCCUGGUCCUGGAAAUUGGGGAAACUGUGCAGAUUCUGGAAAAGAGUGAAGGUUGGUACAGAGGCUUUUCCACCAAGAAGCCUUCUAUCAAGGGUAUUUUCCCAGUCAGCUAUGUCCACUUGAAGAAAUCCACAGUGACCAACAGAGGGCUGUGCGAGACAGUGGUGCCCCUUGAGGACCCUAUUAUCACAGAGACCACCUCCACACUGCAGGAAUGGGGUGUCUUGUGGAAGCAGCUCUAUGUGAAACACAAGGUGGAUCUAUUCCAUAAGCUGCGUCAUGUGAUGAAUGAGCUCAUCGACCUGCGUCGGCAGCUGAUCCAGGGUCACCUCGCCCAGGACCAGACCCGUGAGAUCAAGAGGCACAUCACUGUACGGCUUGACUGGGGCAAUGAGCACCUCGGCUUAGACCUUGUUCCCAGGAAAGAGUUUGAGAUGGUGGAUCCGGAUCAGAUCAGUGUAUCAGAGCUACACAAACUGCAUGUAUCCAGCAGACACUGUGGCCAGCAAAGCACAAACCAGGGUGACAGCAUGAGACAGCGCCAUGGUGACGGUUGCCGUGUCCCUGUGUCGCACCACCUCUUCAUCAAUCUGAAGAGCUUUACUUACAACAGCAUCAGCGAGGACGCGGACGUCUUCUUCUCUCUGUACGACACUCGUGAGGCCAAACAGAUCAGUGAGAAGUUCAUGGUGAAACUGAACAAAAAUGGAGGACCAAAGAAUCCAGAGAAGGUUGAUCGUCUGUGUGCUCUCUUUACGGACCUGAGCAGCAAAGACUUGAAGAGAGACCUGUACAUUGUUGCACACGUCAUCAGAACUGGUCGUAUGCUACUGAACGACUCAAAGAAAGGCCCGCCUCAUGUGCAGUACAGACGACCUUAUGGGUGCGCUGUUCUCGCCAUGAGUGAUGUUUUCCACACCAUCACAGACCUCAAAGAGGAGAAGGACUUUGUACUCAAAGUUUACACAUGUAACAACGAGAACGAGUGGUACCAGAUACAGGAAAACAUCAUCCGCAAGUCCAACACCAAGUACUCAGCUCCCAGCACCAACUAUGGCCUCAUCAUUUCCCUGCAGCUGCUGCGGGGUGAGCUGGAGCAGAUCAGACGGGAGAACCAAGCUGUGUUCAACAGGGCCUUGGCACUUACACGCAAGCUGGGUUUCCCAGAUGUCAUCCUGCCAGGUGACACACGCAACGACCUAUAUCUGACCCUGGAGCGGGGGGAGUUUGAGAGGGGCGGCAAGAGCGUCCAAAAGAACAUCGAAGUCACGCUCUAUGUACUCUACGCCGACGGGGACACUCUCAAAGACUGCAUCAGCUUGGGCAGCGGGGAGCCCAACUCCAGUGAAUAUCGCUCUUUUGUCCUUUACCACAAUAACAGCCCUCGCUGGAGUGAGAUGGUCAAGUUGCCCAUUCCCAUAGAUCGUUUCAGAGGAUCCCACCUACGCUUUGAGUUCAGACACUGCUCCACUAAAGACAAAGGAGAGAAAAAACUGUUUGGCUUUGCCUUCACUCCUCUGAUGAGAGAGGAUGGGACCACACUGUCAGAUGAAAGCCAUGAGCUGUAUGUGUACAAGUGUGAUGAAAACGCCACCUUCAGUAACCAGGGCCUGUACCUCAGUCUGCCCUGCUGUAAAGAGGACUUCAACAGCUGCCCCAACCUGCCGGCCAACCUGCCCUUCCAGAGAAGCCCCAAAGAAACUUUCUGGGUCUCCACGAUACUCUGCUCCACCAAACUCACACAGAACGUGGAUCUUCUGGCUCUUCUGAACUGGAAGGCCCAUCCGGACAGAGUUUUGGACAUCCUUGGUCGAUUACGUCAGAUCAGCGGAGAGGAGAUUGUCAAGUUCUUGCGAGAUGUCCUGGAUACGCUCUUCUGUCUUUUAGAUGACAACACUGAUAAAUACGGACCGCUGGUUUUCCAGUCACUGGUGUUCAUCAUUAACUUGCUCAGGGACAGCCGUUUCUACCACUUCAGACCUGUCAUGGACUCCUACAUCCAGAAUCACUUUGCUGGAGCUUUGGCAUACAAAGAGCUGAUUCGAUGUCUGAAGUGGUACAUGGACCGCUCAGCUGAGGUCGUCCGACAGGACCACAUCCAGGAAGCCAUGAGGGCUCUUGAGUACCUGUUCAAGUUCAUCGUCCAGUCUCGUAUCCUGUACUCGAGAGCCACCUGCGGGAUGGAGGAGGAGCAAUUCAGAGCGAGCAUCCAAGAGCUCUUCCAGUCAAUCCGCUUCGUCCUGAGUCUGGACAGCCGCAGCUCAGAGAAUCUCGUGUUCACACAGGCUGCACUGUUGAACAGUUUCCCUGAUAUCUUUGAUGAGCUGCUGCAGAUGUUUACCGUUCAGGAGGUAGCCGAAUAUGUCAGGGGGACCCUAGGGAGCAUGCCCAGCACAGUGGACAUCGGCCAGUCCAUGGAUGUAGUCAAACUGCAGUCCAUCGCUCGUACAGUCGAGAGCCGCCUCUUCUUCUUCCCUGAGUCUCGUAGUAUUCUGCUGCCGGUGGUUCUGCAUCACAUCCACCUGCAUUUGCGCCAGCAGAGGGAGCUGCUCAUCUGUUCUGGGAUCCUUGGCAGCAUCUUUUCCAUAAUUAAGACGAGCUCCAUGGAGUCUUCUGUUCAGGAGGAAGUGGAGAUGAUGGUGGAGAGCCUUCUGGACGUGCUGCUACAGACUCUGCUGUCCAUCAUGAGCAAGUCUCACUCUGUGGAGACGUCCAGAGGACAACGCUGUCCCCAGUGCACUGCUGAGAUAACGGGGGAGUAUGUUUCCUGUCUUCUCUCUCUGCUGCAGCAGAUGACAGAGAUCCACUUCCACCAUCUACUCAACAACUUCCACAGCAAAGAGGAGCUGAAGGAGUUCCUGUUGAAGAUCUUCUGCGUGUUUCGCAAUCUGAUGAAACUGACUAUCUUCCCCCGAGACUGGAGCGUCAUGAGGCUUCUAACUAGUCAUAUCAUCGUGGUGACUACACAGUUCCUGUCUCCGGCACUGCACAAGAACUUCUCAGAGACAGAUUUUGAUUUCAAGGUGUGGAACUCCUUCUUCAGCCUCACUGUACUGUACAUCAACCAGCCCAGUCUGCAGCUGGAGGCACUCGGCCCGGCCAAGAGAAAGAAAGUCCUGGACAAGCAUGGAGAUAUGAGAGUAAUGAUGGCUUAUGAGCUCUUCAGCAUGUGGCAAAAAUUAGGUGACAACAAGCCCCACUUUAUCCCAGGAAUGAUGGGUCCCUUCCUUGGCGUCACGCUGGUGCCUCAGACUGAGGUCCGAAAUAUUAUGAUCCCAAUUUUCCACGACAUGAUGGAUUGGGAGCAGAGGAAAAAUGGCAACUUCAAACAGGUGGAAGCAGAGCUGAUGGAUAAGCUGGACAGCAUGGUGUCGGAUGGGAAAGGCGAUGAUAAUCACAGAGAGCUCUUCAGCCUUUUGACCCAGCUGUUUGGUCCCUAUCCAAGCCUGCUGGAGAAGAUAGAGCAGGAGACCUGGAGAGAGACUGGGAUCUCAUUUGUCACAUCAGUCACAAGACUUGUGGAGCGAUUACUGGACUACAGGGACUGCAUGAAAGGAGAUGAGAUGGAGAACAAGAAAAUUGGUGGUUCUGUCAACCUUAUGAACUUCUACAAAUCAGAGGUCAACAAGGAGGACAUGUACAUCCGCUACAUCCACAAGCUGUGUGACCUGCAUCUCCAAGCAGAAGACUUCACAGAGGCAGCGUUCACUCUGCUGCUGUACUGGGAGCUGCUGCAGUGGGAGGACCGGCCCCUGAGGGAUUUCCUUCACUACCCUUGUCAGAGCGAGUGGCAGCGCAAGGAGAACCUGAGUCGUAAAAUCCUGCACUACUUCAACAAGGGCAAGUGCUGGGAAUAUGGAAUCUCUCUCUGCCGGGAGCUGGCUUUCCAGUACGAGACUUUAUAUGAUUAUCAGAGCCUCAGCUGGAUACGGAAAAUGGAGGCGGCGUACUAUGACAACAUCAUCGAGCAACAGAGGAUUGAGCCCGAGUUCUUCAGAAUGGGCUUUUAUGGCAGGAAGUUUCCUUUCUUCCUCAGGAAUAAGGAGUUUGUCUGUCGUGGUUAUGACUAUGAACGGCUCGAGGACUUCCAGCAAAGGAUGCUGGGGGAAUUUCCACAAGCUAUUGCCAUGCAACAUCCCAACCAACCUGAUGACACCAUCCUGCAGAGUGAUGCUCAGUACUUGCAGAUCUAUGCGGUGACUCCAGUGUCAGACAUCUCUGAUGUGCCUCAGCUGGAGCGUGUGCCCGAGAGGAUCAAGAGCUUCUACCGCAUAAACAAUGUCAGCCGCUUCCACUAUGACAGGCCUUUCCACAAGGGGCCCAAGGACCGCGAGAAUGAGUUCAGGAGUCUGUGGAUUGAGAGAACAACCCUGAUCCUCUCCCGUCCUCUCCCUGGGAUCUCCCGCUGGGCGGAGGUGGAGAGGAGAGAAGUGAUGGAGGUGAGCCCUCUGGAGAAUGCCAUUUAUGUGGUGGAGAAUAAAACCCAGGAGCUGCGGACUCUGAUCAGCCAGUACCAACACAGACAACAUCAUGGCAACAUCAACCCGCUCAGCAUGUGCCUAAAUGGGGUCAUAGAUGCUGCUGUGAACGGAGGCAUCGCCAGAUAUCAGGAGGCCUUCUUUGAUAAGGACUACAUCAGCAGUCACCCAGAGGACACAGAGAGGAUCACACAUUUGAAGGAUCUGAUGCAGGAGCAGGUGCACAUUCUGGGAGUGGGGCUGGCUGUUCACGAGAAGCUGGUGCAUCCAGAGAUGCGUCCGCUGCACAAAAAGCUUGUAGACCAGUUCCACAUGAUGAGAACGGGUUUACACCAUGGUGUGCCCGGAGUGGAUCGAUUUGGCCCUGCAGGCUGCCAAGGGGUCAACUCUCCCAGAGGCAUCCUCUCCUCCCACAGCCACAUGAGCCCUGAGAGUGUCCGCCUCAUACACAGACACAGCCCUCUUAACCUUCAGGGUUCGAUCCGUCACUCGUCCUCCUCCCUGUCCUCUCACACAUCAAGUGAGGCAGGAAACCUUGUCAUCAUGACAGACGGCUUGAUGGGGGAGCAUCCCGAGGAGGCAUUACACAUGCAGCCGAGCCCCUCCUCCUCCAGCCUGAGUUCAAUCCGCUCGAACUCUUCUCAGAUUAUUAACUCGGCUCCCUCGAGUGCCAGAGGCUCUCCGUCUCUGCCUGAUAAGGCCAAACACAACCGGGAAGUGAUGAUACUGUUGCCGUCUCAUCGUGAGAGAGCCAGCAACACCAUGUACUACAACAUGGCAGAGAAUGGACAGAACAACCACAUGCAGCGUGCCUUACUUCAGCAAGUCAGCCCAUGUAAGCCGUGUACUGAUCCUCACAUGAAUCUACCAGAGAAAGUGUUUCCUAACGCUCCCAGCAGCUGGAGCCUGGACGGAGAGAACAGGGAGCAGGUGUCCUACAUGCCGGCUUCUACUGGAGGAGUAAUCAUGCCCCCUGUCCCACCCAGGUCCUUCCCACCUGGACACUUCCUGAUGCACUGUGAUGCGUUUCACCACCAGAACAGCGAUCCUCCCCCUGCCCUGCCUGUCCGUUCACUUCGAAAGUCUCCUCUCCACCCGAUCCCCGGCUCCCCCACUAGUCCUCAGUCAGCGUUGGGUGGCAGUAACUCCACUCUGUCAGGCAGCGCCAGCAGCGGCGUUUCUUCUCUGAGUGAGAGCAACUUCGGAGGUCAGUAUCCAGACCCUGGCCCCAUCAGGAACGACGCCUUGGAGCCUCUCCCCAGCCAUCUGUGGUCCCCGCCUGACGAGUACCUGGCCUCUCCCUACCUGCACAUCCACUACGGCGGACCUGAGAUCGACUCUGUGGACCCGGUCCGCCCCUUCCAUUACCGCAGCCCCGCCUCACACCCGCACAACCACCCACAUCCUCACGCCCAUGCCCACCCUGGGAUGGACAGCCACUCCCACGGGCCGCCGCCUCACCACCACGCUCCCACUCAUGGCCCUCACCACAUCCCGUAUCGCCGGCCUCAGCCUCCAGCCGUGCCGCCUAAACCCUACCUGAGAGAGGGCUGCAUCCCCGAGGAGGAGCUGCAGCCUCAGCCCAUCCCGCUGCCCCGCAGGAUCUUCCACUCCCCUCACGGCCACCGGGAGGAUCAGGGAAAACACCCCUGGGAGCAGUGCAUCAGCGAGGAGCACGAGGAGACCCAGUGAUGAGGAGGCUCCAGCUAAAUUUCAGUUAGAGCUUUUUUCUCCUUUUGUUCUUCCCUUCAUUUGUACUGAGUUAAAGGAGCACUAACAGGAAGAGUCUUGUGGCGUGUGUACUGUCGACCCUCCUCGCUCUGUGUUUUAAUAUCAGUGCACAUGAAGGAAAGAAACGAGGGAGUGAACCUCGAUGAAUCCACAUCACGAGGCACAACUGCCGUCACUGCUCCGUGUGGCCUCCUAGAUAUAAUUAAAAGAAAUUUAUCUGUUGAACAGUACGACAGACUAACUUUGUUCUGAAAUUGAUAUUGAUUGUACACAAUUGUACAACUCGUCUGUGAGCAUGUUUUUUCAUUUGAUGAAUAAUACAACAACAGUUUUGUGAAAUAUGACAACCGUGAUCAUCACCAACAUGAUCCCAGGUGCAGUUUAAGCUCUGAACUCCCUUAAUUUUGCUUUUCAUGGCAUUUUCACAACACGAGACAACGAUCGAAAGUUAUU